GUGAGAUUGCUGGGAAUCGAAAGUGUGUAAGGUUGAGGAUCAGCUGUUGUUGAAAGAUUUCAUGUUGAGCUGAAAUGGCUGGGAUUAAAGCUCUUAUUAGCCUGUCCUUUGGAGGAGCCAUUGGACUUAUGUUUCUUAUGCUUGGAUGUGCUCUUCCUGUGUACAACAAAUACUGGCCAUUGUUUGUUCUUUUCUUCUAUAUCCUCUCUCCAAUUCCUUACUGCAUUGCACGGAGAGUGGUGGAUGACACAGAUGCUGCAAGCAAUGCCUGCAAAGAGCUCGCCAUUUUUCUCACAACGGGAAUAGUUGUCUCAGCAUUUGGAUUGCCCAUAGUCUUUGCAAGAGCUAAUGUGAUCGAAUGGGGGGCAUGUGCACUUGUAUUGACUGGGAAUGCUGUCAUCUUUACAACCAUUCUGGGCUUUUUCUUGGUCUUUGGAUCAAAUGAUGAUUUUAGUUGGCAGCAAUGGUAAAUUUUAAGCUAAGUAAAAGUGCUGGGAUUUGGGAAAGAGGUUGGGGUGGGGCAGUGAUUCGGCUUUAAAAAGUGUCUGUUUUUUGCAUUUUUUAAAUGACCAGCCAUCCAUAGACAAACAGAAGAAAACUGUGCAAUAAACUAAAGUAGCAUAACUGUCAUUCAGAUUGUUAAAAUAGACAGACUGUAGACUGACAGUUGGGGAAUUUUUAUUUACAAGUCCUUGUUAUUUUUAAUUGUCUUUCUCCUUUUUCCGAUAUGUACUUCCUUAGAAUGUAAAGAACAAAUAAGGGAGACAUAGGACAUAGAGUUGGUCUCUAAUAAUAGUACAAGUGGCUACUUGAAGAAACAUUGCUACUAUAUAUCUGCCUAGCCUCAUGUUAACCUAAACCUAAGGAACAGUGCUUGGGAAAACUGUAUAGUUUAAAGAACCAUGGUUAAUGAAAUAACCCUGAUAUAUGUAGAAUUCUCAGCUUUUAUCUACUGUAUAUUUCUCAGUUGUCUUUCACUUCCUGUAUAAAAGAUGUCUGAAGAUGAAGUAAUGCUUAAAAUUGUUUUAUAUACUUUAGCUGGAGAAACAAAUGCAUAAAGUGUAAACUAUUGUGGAAUGUAUAGCAAACUAAAAGAAAACUAUUCUGAUAACACUGGGUUUGAAUUGCAAUUUAUAUAGGUUUUGUAUUUAAGGUUAAGUGACAGACCUAGGUCUAGGCUCUUCAGACUAGUCCAAAUGAAUCCUUAUUUGUAGAGUCAUGAUACAUCCUGAUCAGUUACCUCUCCAGCAGGGCAGUCAUUUUUACCUCAGACCCAUUUUAAGCUCUGUCUAUCAGAUUUUGAACCAACUAUGGUAUGUCAGUGUGGUAAGUGUGAUUUUAGAAUUGUGUACCAGGUGAAAACUGUAAAGGUCUCUUUAAGCACAUUUUUAAUUCAGUUCAUCUAUCAUUUAUGUAACCAAUACCUUGUUUGGACUGAAAACUAGGCGAAAUGGGUACUUCAGGACAAAAGCUGAAAAGCUCUUAGUUACAAAUAUCAGUUUAGAGAGGACUGUUCUGUUUAUGUUUUAUACUGCAUUUACAUCACCCAAUGUUAACUUUGACCGUGCUUUGUUAGGUUCCUAAAGCUGCAUGUGCUGUAUACUUCAUGGUCAAACCUAUAUUAUUCACAAAUUUAUUAGUCAGCAAAAAGUGUUUAAAAAAAUGUUAAAGCAUCUUCUAUCCAGGAUUUAUGAGACAAGCUGUAUUGCUUAGAAGAGAGGUGCCAUACUGCAGUCUUCAAGAACUACUAGGUCUUCUGAUGUAUGAUUCAUCUCAGAAUCCGCUUUAAUAUAUUCAGUUGUACUUUUGUGCAACAUUUGUUAAUUUACUGAUUAAUAAUACCGGUAGCUAUAGUGGAACAAAAUUCAGAAGACUCCUCUAGAAAAUGACAUUAACACUCCCAGAGCAACUCUUUCUCAUCAUAUUAGGUUUUACUAUAUUGUAACAUAUUCUGAAAGCCCAUUUAAGAACUGAGGAGAAUCAGGAUAGUAUUCCUGGCUUUAUUAGGACAUAUUCUUUCAUUCAGCCUUGAAAAUGAUGCAUUAUGCUGUUUCCCAUGUUUCCAUAUUUAAAGCUGGAAUUAUCACUUCAAAUGAAGGAAAACUUGCUUAAAGCUGUUUAUUUGCAAAAGGAGAUUAAUUACCUUUUUCUCUUUUUUCAUCUCCAUAUUUUCCUUUCCCAAGAAUCUGAACUAUAGUACUCUGCACAUUUUGAGUAGGCUAAUGUCAUUGCUAAUCAUACCUAUUGUGUGUUAUGUAUUAGACAGUAUAUGUCUUAUGUUACACAGUAUAACAAGGAGUAGUGUAAAUAGUAUGUUGUUUUUGGUCAAACAAAAUGUUGUUACUUCUACCUAUUCAAAUUAUAAGUAACAGCAUUCAUUCUACAGAGAAGAAACUGAUAUCUGUUGCAAAUAUCCCGUUGUAUGCCGUGUUUAAAGAUCUGACCCUCAAAUUAAAACCUUUUAUCAUGUAAAUCACAUAAAAAUAAAUGGCAAAUAAUUUAUCUUAUUUAAAUAUGUGUAGAGUUUAUCUGUUUCAGAUGUGUACUUCCAGGUAUAGUUCUGUAGUAGUAACCAUGGGAGUAACAUAAAUCACAUACAUUUAGUUAUUGGUAGGAUUUACAAAUUAUAAGAUAGAAAUUCUGAGAUAUUCCAUUAGAAGAUAAAACAAAAUUCCAUGACUUGUGAUAGGAAUCAGUUUGCGUGUCUUUUUCUAUUGCAUUUCUAUUUUCUGCUGUCUUUGUUGAUUUUCUGUUUUAGGCUGUUCUCAUUGAAAGAUAGAUUCUGUAGACUAGUAGCUAAGAUGCAAACAGGAUAAAGCAAGCAAACAAGCUAGGCGUGUUUUUUUUAACUUAUUUCUGUUUUUCAGCGCUGGGAGUCCUUACACAAUAGUGUAUAAAAUAAUCUGAGUAGAAGCAGACUGAGAGAACUCGUAUAAAAGUAUAUCUCAAAAUAAUUUAUGUAAGAUGCAGAUAAUCUGAAUUAAACUAUAAAAGUCGUUUUUAUUAUUUUUCAUAUUUAUAGGCUAAUGUGUUUGCAUAAACAAUUGUUCUUCCUUUAUCCUACACCACUGUUCUUUUAGUAGUUUUUUUUGCUUUAUAAAAAUAGGAGCAGUAACAUAUGUACUGUAGGGCUUCUGAUUUUUCAGUUUAACCAAUAUUUAUCACUUAAGAUUCCACCUCUUUCCCAGCAUAAUUUUAAAGGCAUUUGCACUGUACAGGCUAACCACAUUUAAAGCAUUAAAUGUAUUAAAAUUAAUUCUAUUGUGAACAGUACUGCUACAAAAUCACUGUAAAAUUAAAAAACUUAAAAAAUGAGGUACAAUUAUGCUAGUAAUCACAGUUUCACUUCAGAAAAGUAAAAAGUACACAAGUAACAACUACUGUACUGUUGAGAGUAAAAUUCAUUUUCAUUGAGAUUUCAUUGAGAUUUUAUAAUAUUAUUUGAGACUCAGACUGGAAUAGUAUCCAACUGUUUUUUAACUCUGUUUCUGUGAUUGUAGAAACAUCCAUGUAAAAAGGGGCCUUUCACCUAAGGAAGGAAUCUUGCAAAGUAAGAACAAGUGAUUAUGGUGACCUCAGUAUUUUCAGAAUUUAGAGUCACUUCUGCAGCAAUCUGGUAUUGUCAAUACUGUGCAGAACUGCGCAUUGUGGCACUUUUAAGCAUAUAUUUUACAGUACAGUUGCCACAUUAAUUAAAACAAAUACUAUUUAUUUGUUGCUGUUAUGGGGCUGUUUUCCAGGGGCUGUUGAUCUCUAAUGUGCACCUUCACACCCUAUGCCAUUUCCUUGCUGUGAUCCUGUAAAUUAAUCAAGAGAGCUUUCUGAAAGCUACAUAGUAGACUACAUAUCCUUAGAAUUUGUUUAAACAUUUUUUUUCACAGUAUACUGUAUGUCACUCUUGAAAUUCAUCAGUGGAUAGUGGAAAAGAAAUUUGAACAUAUGAGGAAAACAACAAUGGUAGUUCUGUAAGAAAAAUAUGCACACAUGAACAUAUGCACAUCUAUCAUUUGUUCAUACAAUAGUACAAUUCUAAAUAUACUUACAUGGAUAACAAAGAAAGUAAGUAGUACUCUGAAGUCCAAGAGAGUGUUUGAGAGAGAUAAAAGAUAUCAAAGCUAAUAAAUGUAUAGACCCUAUAAUACACUGGAUCAAACUGGAUCAACUGGAUCAAAUGGGUAUAUCUGACUGUCUACAGUACAAUUGCAGUUGCUUCAGCUUCAGCUAUUUAAUUUUUUAACAUUAACUGAAAGAAUGAGCCCGUUUGUAUUUCUCUGCUCUUAUUGGUAUUUUUCUGUGCAGCCAUUUGUUCUCUUAAAAACCUUUAUGUAAGAUGUUUGUUGGUUUUUGAAAGAAAUAUUGCUGGAAAUUAUACAAAUGAGUUACCACAAAGUUAUAUCACUUUUAGAGGCCCCAGGAAUUAAAUGUUGUGUCUUUAAAACAUUCUUACAGAAUUGUCUUUAACAUUUUAAUACUUUUCUUACCUUGGUUUUAACCAAGAGGUAUUUUUCAUUUCAAAGUUAUGUAUAACUUGUAAUUUUGCAUUGAUAGUAUUUUUGAUUAAUAAUUUAGACAUGAACCCUGGGGGGUCAAAGUGAACACUUUUCUUUUAUUCUAGCAGAAAUAAAACAUUGUUUUAAUUUGUAUGCUGCUGUUCAUGUUUAUUUUAUUUUUAUUUGAAAUAACUAGAUUUUUGUUAAAGCUACUGAUCAAAGUGUAAUGUUUAUUUAGUAAGUGAUUUAAAUGUUCUUUAGAACAAACUAAUGAAUUUGCUUUUAUAAAUGUACAAAACUGAGGUUAUCUUAAUGCUUGGAAGCAGUUUAUUUUAAGAUCUGAUGUAUAGUACUGUGCUUUGCUAUGAAUAAGUGAAGAUAACUGGCACUUGGGUCUGUAUAGUUCAACCUCAACCUGGAAAUAAUAGUAAGUCUGUUACUUUUAACAUUGUAUUUAUUUUUUAAUUAUUAUUUUUGUAAGUCCAUUAUAUACACUGAAAAAUAUCUGUCAAGGUGAACUGUUUCCUCAGAAAACCUAACUGUACUUGUGGGUAUGUUAUAGUGGUUGAAUUGUUUUACAUAUAUUGCUCAUUUUAGUCUUUUGUCUGUAUAUUUUUGCAUUUUGCUACCAGUUUCAUUAAUAUUCUUUUCAAGAUAUACAUUUUUGUUUUAUGUACACUGAACUAUAAUGUCAUUGUGGUGAACCUGGAAUCUUUUUGAAAAAAAUAAAUUUUUGAAUACCUGGA